AUGGAGAACAAGUCUUACAGCUGGGCAGGGUCUACUAGGAUAUACUGUGGAGAUCAUGUGUUACAUGCCACUCGGGCUGGUUGUGACGGUCUUGGUGAUAGGUCUAAUGUCACCAACACAUCCUCAGGUUUCUUGGAUAAUGAUGAUGAUGAUUCUCUUCUAAUCAAUGUGAGAGCAUGGAUGUUGGAUGAAACUUUUAUCCAACUAGAGCCUGAGUCUGAGUCUAAGUCUGGUUUUGAUGGAGAGAUCACAUUUACAAUGAAGAAUUUUAAUUAUUUCAGAAAAUAUGUAGGGGCUAUGGAUGUAUUUAGUCCCAGUUUUGUUGUUGGCCAGUCUAAGCUUAGCCUUAUAGUUCGUGAGACGACUUCAGUGAAUGACGAUGUGACAUAUCUAUCACUUUAUUUGAGAAAAGCCUAUGAGGGUCUGGAAGAUUUUCUUGGCUUUUUUCAAAUAACCAUAGCAAGGGCGUCCUUGAAACUGAAUUUGAAUUUUAUUGGCCAAAUAUUAGGGGACGAGCAGCAACGUAAGAAUCUUGGCUUUUACCUCGAACUAUCUGGAGCAUGUGAUUUAACUUGUAGUCUAAAGUAUACUUUAAAGAUUAGGAAACAAAAAGGGAAGGGAAAAGAAUCCAAAAAGAAAGAGGAAGAAAAUGAGAAAAAAGUAGAAGGGAAUUGUUCUGAAAAUUCAGCCUUCGGCUGGUCUGAUUUUGUGCUACUUGGUGAUCUCUAUGAUGAGCAACGCGGUUAUAUUGUUGAUGAUACUCUCGAGUUCUAUGACCAAGUUGAGAAGAAGCUAUCGGAAGUGGAACAGUGGAAUGAGUCAUGGAAAGAGUCGUGGCAUGAAUUUGCUGACGAAUCACCUGUCAAUGUGGAAGAAGAAACAAAUGAUUCAGUGAGAGACAAACUUUCUGGGAUAAUUGCUUUCUUGCAAAUGAAUGCCAACAAGAUUAAGUCCAUAGAUGAAAUAUUACACAAACUGGGAGUGAGUGAUGCUACGGAUGAUGAGUUAUUAGGGGAAAUUAGUCUUCGUGAUUUCGAGUGGGCAUUGUUAGUAGAGGGAACAAAAGCUAAAUCAAAAGAGUCGAAUGAGGAUCUUCUUCGUCAAUAUAGCUUUUCGGUACUGAGGCUUAAGCUGAUUAAAAGGGAAAGAAGCAAGAAACAAGAGAGAUUAAUAUCCCUUUCGGAAAAACUAAUCAAUCCUUCAUUGGAUGACUUGAAGAAGACACCAGAUCCUACUAGCUUACAUGUUGAUGACCCGUUGGUAUUGAAGUGGGUCAAAACCAAUGUCCAAGGGGAACAACCAUGAGGUAAAUUGAGAGAAUACUUCAACUUUUAGAAAACAAAAGCAAUUAAUCCGGAUUUUGAGUGUCUAAUUGUUUACUGUAUCUGGCUUCUUCUUCUUCUUCUUUUUUUUUUUUUUUUUCCUAUUUGUUUCAUACAAAUAAUACAUAUAGCUGUCAGCUUUCUCCUACUUUUUGGAAUAUGUGCCUGUGGAAUUUGUGAAGAACAUGAGGAACUGUUGGAACAAAAUGGUGGACAAUUGAGGGAGUGAAUAUGUCAUUGUAUUUGAGCUGUUCAAUGGCAUGGACUUAAAAUUUCAAUAAUAUAGUACUGCUGAAUAUUCAAACCAGAGAAAAAAUGCUUUAAUAUUAUAUAUUUUAACUUAUUAUGUACUUUUAUAUGGAUUGGUAUAUUAUAUAUGCUGAAAACUUCAAUCCAAAAUGUUUCUUUCUUUUUUUUUUUCUUUUUUUCUUUUUUUUUUUUUAAGCUGCAGUGGUGAUUAUAUGUAGCAACAACUGAGGAAGUAUAGGGGGACUCUUCAUUGCUUCUCAGUUCUAACAGUUUGAAACCUAUUAAAAAUUUGUUGAUGCAAUACUUGGAAGAGAAUACAAAUGAAACUACCUUUUUUUUUUUUUUUUCUUGUUUUUCUUUAUUUGGAUCUUGACCUUUUGAUUAUUUCUUUUUCCCUGAUUUGCUUUUUGGUUUUCAAAAUUUUUCUUUUGGUAACAUCUGCUUUAAACUUUGAAUAAGAUUACAUCUGAUUUAAAAGCUUAUGGCCAUAGCUUGCCAAUGGAAAAUAUAUUCUCCUAAGUAAAGAAGUUCUUACAUGAUUCCAGUUCCAUAGAUCCAUAUUAAAGUUUGAACUUUGAAUUACUAAAAAGUAUAUUAUUAUGUUAAUGUAUUUUGACUUCAAAUAUAUAUCCAAUUUUGAUGAAAGACGAUGUUUUAAGGUAGGAGUUCAUUCCUAGAUCAAUAAGAUUAAUAAAAUUUUGAAUUGACAAAUAUUAAAUACAUUUGCUAGAUUUUAAUACAUUAUUUAUAUAUGCCUCAAAUUUGCUAAAAAUAUAUAAAAAUAAUAAUAAUAGCAAUAAAAUUUUAAGGAUGAAAAUGCAAAGAAAAAAAAAAUCAAAAACUAAAAUGCAAAAGCUUAACAAAGACUUAGUCGUAGGCUCUCAUGAAAAGAGGCUUGGGAAGGAGGGCUUGGACUUUUAUUCUACUGGGCAUCGGUUAGUCCUACAUAGCAGGUUCUUGUGGUAAAUUAUUUCCUAAGGCAAAGACGCACGCCGUGAACAUGAUGUAUUGGAAGAAAGUCUGCUUCUACCUUUUCAAAAGUCUUGCUUAAUUUUGACUCUUUAUGAUGGGUAGAAUUGUUUAAUUUUGACUUCGUUCAUGAACAAAAUUUCCUUUGAUUUGUAUUCUUUUUUUCAAUGUAAAAUAUUUUUUCUUCAAUAAUAAUUUUCUCUUCUUUUUUUUUUUUUUUGUAAAAUAAGUAUUUUAGAUCUAGAAUACAAAGACCAAUAAACUUAUAUCAUACAUGCCCCCCCCCCCCCUUUUUUUUUUUUAAUUUUAUUUUUCUAAUGCACUCGAAAACAAACCACAAGCCUUUUGGACUUGUCAACAAAAAAGCAUAGGAAACUAAAUCACGUGCCAUGGCAUAUAUUCCAACAGAUCACGUGGGCUACAUGACAUGGUCAACACUAUUCCACUCUGCCCGAUGCCUAAUCUUUUUUGACCCCAUCAACCCCGAGAAGAGAAUCAGCUUCCCAGUCAACCAGCACAUGAUUCUUUUGUGUGGGUCCCACCCCUCCAACUCCAUCCAUCUAUCAUCUCACAAAACGACAUUUAAGCAAACAGAAAAUAAAUAAAAAAAAGGAAAUUCACAAUUUCUCAUUUCUCAUCUACAGAGAGUCGGUCGGCCCCACUCAACAACGACACCUUCAUCAUUUGACUUUUUGCGCGUGCAUACCAAAUUUUCAGACACAGAAUCCAAUCUCCACCCACUCAUAAAAUUCUCUCUUUUUUAUAAAAAAACAAAAAAAUAUUUUUAAAUUUAAACAAAUGAAUAAAUAAAUAAAUAUAUUCAAUUCGAAGGCAUUGGCAUAGGAAAACUAUUUUAAUAUUCCAUUUCCAGUCCUCGCUUUCUUUUCAAAUUUACGUACAAAACCCUGCACCUCCAUUACAUGGUAUAGUUGACUUUCUUUCUUUCUUUCUUUGACUUUCUUUUUUAGUUUGUCGGGUGACUUCAACCUCAUGUCGGCCGGACGGUCCCAAUGUCACGGCUAGCUUUUAGACCGUCGAUCUGAGUACAUCAUAGAGGGGAAUUUUUUUUUCCAAAAAUACCCUCC